AUGCAAGCUGACCUGGAGGCAGAGCUGGAGGCUGAAAAGAAUUUUCCACUCCAGCAGCAGCAAUGCUACGUGGAACAGCCUCCAGCUAUUUGCCGUGUGGGAAACCACCGCAGCCAGUGCCGCCACCAUCAGCCUGGCACCACCGCUCUGGCUAACUACCACCCCUCAGCGGCCUGUACACGCGUCCGCUGUGGCGACGACGGCGGCACUGCAGCCGAGCGGCGCGACAAGCGCGUCCGGACAGCGUUCACGAGCGCGCAGCUGGUGCAGCUGGAGCGCGAGUUCGCAGCCAACAUGUACCUGUCCAGGCUGCGCCGCAUCGAGAUCGCCACCGGGCUGCGACUCAGCGAGAAGCAGGUCAAGAUCUGGUUCCAAAACCGCCGCGUCAAGGCCAAGAAGGAGGUAGCGGGCUCCGGCGCCGUCGAGCGCUGCUGCUGCGGCGCCAGCAAGCUGCACCGCCAGCACCACUAUCGCGCCUGA